AUGGCUGAAAAAAGAAAAACAAGAAGCUCGACUCUAGAGAAAACCCAUAAUUGGUCGUGUGGAGAUCAAGUUCUCUGUAAAUGGCAUGACACUAAAUAUUAUAAAGCAACAAUUGUGGCAGUUGCUAAUGAAAAAGUAACAGUUGUGUAUGAAUGUGACCAACAGAAACAUACCUUUGACAUUUUGUGGACUGAGAAAGAAGGAGGUGGUGAUUAUAGUCACAGUUUUGUUGCAGAUUCCAAGAACUGUUCAUCAGAAGAGUUCCUUCCUGAUCCUGUUCCUUCCAGUAAAGAUGAAGGCGAUGAUGACAGUCACAGUUUUGUUGCAGAUUCCGAGGAGUGUUCAUCAGAAGAAGAGUUCCUCCCUGAUUCUAAUCCCUCUAGUAAAGUGAAGAAGUGUGGAAUUAAUGUCAAUAGUGAGAAAAGCAAAAGCGAAGUGUAUGUAGAAACAACGCACAAUACGUCCAGCUGUCGUUCCUAUGACAAAGUGGCAUAUUGCCUCUUUUGUUCAAAGUCACAGAAAAAGUUGCCAGUUCAUCUCCUGCAGCACAAAAAUGAAAUCAUUGUUUCACAAUAUUUAGCUGCAUUCGGCAGUAGAAGACAAGCUUUGCUCACAUACAUUAGAAACAAGGGAAAUCAUCAGCAUAAUUACAAAGUACUAGAAGAAGGAAAAGGAGACCUGAUAGUUGUUUAUCGACCGUCUGAAUAUCGUAAUCCUGCGAACUACCAACCAUGUUCAAACUGUUUAGGGUACCUUUCUAAGUGCGAAAUGUGGAAGCACAAUUGUAAACUGGACAGCAGCCAAAAUUCCAGAAACAAUGAUAAAAAGAAAGCCCCACACGUCAAACAAGGAAAACUACUACUACCACCUCCAAAGAGUGUUGAAGCUGGGACUAUAGUCCAUGAAUUGAUAAGUAAUAUGCGUAGUGAUGACAUAACCCAAUGUAUCAAGGGUGACAACCUUAUAUUGUGCUAG